GACUUAGGCCGUCUUACUCCCAAGAGAGUUAAUGCUUUUUCGCUGUCAACUUUUGACUAUUUGCCUUCCCUCUCUCCACCUUCAGUCAGCGACCCUUCAGACACCUCUUUUGCACUAUUUAUACACCCCACUUUGACUCUUGCCUUAGCAUCUUGCAAAGUUGCAAGUAAGAGGAAAACCAAACAAAGAGAUCUAAGAGAGAUAGCUAUAGUGUACACAUAAAGUAGGGGAGUGGAGGAAAAAGGGUACUAUACUACUACAAGGGGGGAUGGGAAGGCCACCAUGUUGUGAUAAAGAGGGUGUGAAGAAAGGACCAUGGACUCCUGAAGAAGACAUCAUUUUGGUGACUUAUAUACAGGAACAUGGUCCUGGCAAUUGGAAGGCUGUUCCCUCCAAUACUGGGUUGUCAAGGUGCAGCAAGAGUUGUAGACUUAGAUGGACUAAUUACCUUAGGCCAGGAAUCAAAAGGGGUAACUUCACAGACCAAGAGGAGAAGAUGAUAAUCCAUCUUCAAGCCCUUUUAGGGAACAGAUGGGCUGCCAUAGCUGCCUACCUACCACAAAGAACAGAUAAUGACAUAAAAAACUAUUGGAACACCUAUUUGAAAAAGAAGCUGAACAAAUUGGAAGCAGGUUCUGAAGGAAGCUUGGGACACACAGGGGUUUCAGUUUCUCAGCCAAUGUCAAGAGGCCAGUGGGAAAGAAGGCUUCAAACAGACAUCCACACUGCCAAGAAAGCCCUCAGUGAAGCUCUCUCACCAAACAAGACCUUGUUAGCUGAAUCAAAUUCAGCAAACCUCUUUAAUGAUAAUAAGGUUUCCUUCUAUAAUUCCACUAAACCAACAACACAAUCUAUAAGCUAUGCUUCAAGUGCUGACAACAUAGCUCGUUUGCUUAAGGGGUGGAUGAAGAAUGCUCCAAAAGCCUCAAGAGCUGUGACUCAAAAUUCCUUCAACAACUUGGCUGACACUGCCUGCAGUGAAGGAACAACAAGUGGGGGACCAAAGGGAAGCACAAGCAGUGUUGAAAUGUCUGAGACUAAUUUUGAGUCCUUGUUUGGUUAUGAGUCUUUGGAUUUGGAAUCUUCAAAUUCUGAGUUCUCACAAUCUCUUUCUCCCGAGGCUACUCUUUUCCAAGAUGAGAGCAAGCCAGAUACUGCUGGAAUAGACAUGCCUUUCUCUUUGCUUGAGAAAUGGCUUCUAGAUGAUGGAUCUUGUCAAGAGAAACUUAUCUUCUAGAUUAUUGGUUUUUACUUCGAAGUUCAAACUUUGCUUUUUCUUAGUUAUAGGAGACUUGAAUCUGAAUAUUGAAUCUCACAAUUUGGCCUUCAACCCCUUUGGUUCUAGAAGUGUAUAUUCCAAUGAUCAAAUGUUAACAUUAUUAUAUUAUCAUAUCAUAUAAUUAAAUGCAUCACUGGAAAUUAAAGUUUGUUUGUUUCUCUUU